UGAUUCGACUCUUUCACAUUCAGCACAUGUAACCGCCCUGUCGUUGAUUAAUUUUCCUUAAGUGUUUUGUUCCUCACAGAUUACAGGUUUAAUACAACUGCUCGACUGUGCAGCUGCUGAUGUUAUCAACACAUCUUGACGACAUGAGAGCGACAACAGCAGAGUAGAACCCCAAGAAAAGACAAAGAGAGAGAGCGAGAGAGAGAGAGAGAGGAAAAGAAAGAGACGGAGAGAGAGAGAGAGAGAGAGAGAGAGAGAGAGUGCGACUUGUCCUUCAGCACCAUGACGUCUGCUGUCCCACCAAAGAGGAUGGUGUCCUCUGUCUUCAUUACUCUGACAUCUCCAUACAGAGCCACGGUCACUCCCACGCCGCAGAUCACACAGCACUCGGCCGUCCCGGUCAGUCCCACCACCGCACACACUAAGCCCUCCGCUUCCUCCACCUCGGCCCUGGAGUCAGGACACGGCGCCUCCUCGGCUGAAGCUCAACCCAGUGCUCUGGAGCUCCGCAAAACACACAGCAACAAACCCGACACUGCACACACGCCAUACAGAGCCAAGAGAGAGGAGAAACACUCUGAGGGGUUCUUCCUUCCUCCACACCCUGCAUCUCUGGGCUCUUCUGAAGCCCCGAGCCUUCCUCUGCCUCCUCCACCACCCAGCUGCCACCUUUCUGACCCCAACCACGAGCCACCGGCCUCCAUACGCAAGGUGUGUGUGGAGAGAGCGCCUCCUGCUGGUCAGAGUCAGAGCCAGGUGACUGCAGGAGCUCACAUUGAGGAGGGGAUUACACCGGAUGUGUGUGGCUUCUGUCGUAAGCCUGUGGCUCUGAGUGAGCCGGCGAUUGAGGCGUUGAACAGGACGUACCACAGUAACUGCUUCCAGUGCCGACAGUGUCACACUGCUCUCGCUGGGAAAAUCUACUACAACAAGGCCGGGAUCCCUCUGUGUGAAGACUGCUACCAGGCCAGUUUGGAGCCGUGCUGGGCGUGCGGUGAGGUGAUCAAAGAUCAUGUGAUCCGAGCGCUGGAACGAGCCUAUCACCCACCCUGCUUCGUGUGCACCACCUGCAGGCAGCCAAUCGGAGAGCAGCGUUUCGCCCAGGGGGAGGUGGGGGAGGUGUACUGCCUGCACGACUACUACAGGAAAUACGCACCUGAGUGCAGUGUGUGUGGAGAGCUGAUAAUCCCAAGAGAAGACGGGACGGACAGCUACACAGUCGAGUGUCUUGGACGAUCUUUUCAUGAGGACUGCUACCGCUGUGAGCUGUGUUCGAUGCUUCUCUCCCCGGAGCCUAAUGAACAUGGCUGCCACCCACUGGACGGACAGAUCUUGUGCAAACCCUGCCAUCUGUCUCUGAUCCAGACGACUCAGCACUGAUCCUGCUACGUGAGGCUUCACGCCAAAGCACCACAGACCCGAUCCACGCUGCAAGAAAAUGAACAAUGGUUUCUGUCCUUACGUCGUUUGGCAUUCAUGCUCUCGUCCAAAAACACUAGAGCUCUGAUUCUAACACACUUCAUGUGAGAACAAAAAGAUUAAUGUGGAUUAAUGUACCAAAAUACACCAGAAACACCAAAUCUCUCUCUCACACACACACAAACACACACACACACACACACACACAAACACACACACACAUAGCUUCUCAGAAACACUCACCUAAAAAAAAACAGCUAUAAUAAGACGCUUAACAUGGAAUGUGUUUAAACAAUUUUACAAGAUGACACAAGUAACAGUUUAGCUACUACAGGCUAAUUAACUAGCGCUGCAACUCAAAUUGUCACGUUUCCGUUUACAGUUUAGUAGAGAUUUAGUGAUUUCUCAAUAAUUCAGCUGUAAAUAAACACCACUAUACUGAUCUUAACUUGGUGUGAUCCAAACUAUCCGUUUGGUUUUUGUUAUGUCUGUGCUACAUGCUAAGAGGUUUAUAAGUUGUUUAAUAGAUGUGGUGUUUUGUAGCCUAACGUUAAAAUAAAAUCUCAACACAACCGAGCAUUCAGAGAUCCUUUGAGAAAUGCACGAGACUUUCGGUGCCACGUGAUCGACGAAAACUGCAUGAUUUAAAAGAACGGUUUGGCCAAAGAUGGAACAGAUCAAAUGCCCACCGAGUCCAAAUACGGACAAUCAGCCAAGACGUGUCCACUGUCUGAAAUGUGCCUUUUUCAUUCUGCGCUAAAGCUACAGGGCUAAUAUUAAGCUAAUAGCUUUAGCAUUAGCAGUGUAGCACGACUGGUUAUUCAUAGAAGUAAACCCUACAGAACAUAUCUCGGAUAAACCGGCAGAACGUUUCAUUGUUUGGCUAAAACUUUUCUUUCGUUGCGUCUAGAAUGAUGAUUGUAUACAAACUGCAGUACUGGGAAAACAAUGCUGGGAAAAAUUGCUUCCUCUUCUUAUUUUUUUUAAACAAUGAUUUCUUCAAUGUUAGCAUAUUUUUAUAUUUAGACUCAUUGAGGUCUCUUUAUUUCCUUUCAUUUUAUAGACGAUGUAACAGAACGUAUAUCGAACAUAUCCAGUGUAGUCAAAAUUAUUUUGCACUCUUUGUGUAAUCCGGUGCACCAAAGAUAUUUAUUCUACAUUAAACCAGAUUCCCUACCUGUUUUAUGUAGCACAGAUAUUGAAUCAUAUGAAAAUGUAUUGUUUUUUCUAAACGAUGGGAGAAAAUAAACCGAUAUGUGCCAUA